AUGUUUGACAAGUGCCGUCGAAAGUCUGGCUUUGGAGGCCAUUCAGAUCCCCCGUCGCCGGACCAGGAACUACGACCAGAUGCAAGCCAGAGUCUCGAAGAGCCACUCGUCAGAAACUUUUCGAUGAGUGCCGGCGAAGCUCAAAACGAGAGCGACCAAGACCUCAGAUUCAACAAAGCUCAUGCCGCCUACGUCACCAGCAACGACCUCAAAAGCAAAGCCCCGCGAGUCUCGACGUUAUUCCAAGACUUCUCCAUCCGCAACGAGCCAAACUCUCCAGCUAAACCAACCAAAAAACCACAAUCAGUCUUUGUGCCAUGGGCCCCAGACGUCACCCUCCUCGUCACAGCCACCCUCCUCCUCGCCGCCAUCUUCGCCACCACCCUCUCCCAAGACAACAAGCCCCAGCGCAACUGGACGCUGCCCAUCACCCUCAACUCCCUCGUUAACGUCCUCUCGACGCUCUUCCGCGCGUGCAUCGCCGCCGUCGCCGCGGAGAUGAUAUGCCAGGCGCGAUGGACGUGGUUCUGGUCCGAUAGACACGGCGGGCGGCGAAUGAUUGAUCUGCAGCAUUUCGACAGCGGGAGUCGAGACGUGCUUGGAGCGCUGAGGCUGGGCGGGGUCGUGAAGUGGAGGAGCCCGGCGACGUUGACGUCUGUCUUUGUGGUUGUGGCGUCGUUUGCGAUUGGGCCGUUUGUGCAGCAGGCUAUCGGGACGGUUGAAAGGGCUGUGGUUGAUCCUGGGGAGGUUGCGAGUAUUCCGACGGCGCAGGGCGUUGAUCUCGAUUCGUACUUCUUCGAGGCGAUUUACCGCGACAAGGAGGAUGGGUCGAGAGCUACUGAGAGGGUUAUGAGGCCUGGGAUGAGGAUUGCGCUGCAGACGGCUAUACAGAAUCCCCGCGGUGUGGAUUCUGAAGUUUCGCCUACUUGUCCGACUGGGAAUUGCACUUUCAUGGGGCUUGAGUCUGGCGCGCCGGUGGUUGGGCUUGGCGAGAUCACACACGAGUCCGCUGGUCUUUGCUCUGUCUGUACGGAUGUCACACCCCUCAUCAGCGUGGCCGAGAGCAAUAGUUCGAUAGCCUUGCCGAACGGGAUGAAUUUCUCUACGGGUCGGACAGCGACGAGUAUGGUGUUUGGCUCGGGAGAUCUAUCCUGGGCUAAUAGCGUCAUGUCUGAGCGAGCUAUAUCUCUGGCGAAGCAGGGGUUAUCCAACAUCACCGUCCUGACUACCCAGAGCCCCAUCGCCGAUAGAUACGGCGCCCCGUUCGUCCAUACUCGCAUGGCACUCUCCUGCUCCUUGUACCUCUGCUUGCGUAGCUACUCGGGGGUCGUCCAGAGAACCCAGCUCAAGGAGAAGCUCAUUUCCGAAGUUGCCAUGUACCACGACCCAUUGUACGACGGCAUCGGGCAUCAGUGGGUCAAGAACGGCAGCUAUCUAGCCUCCCGCACGCCCUGCGUAAUCAACGGGCGGAACUACACCGCCGAAGCUGAGACCGGCAGCCUCAACAUCACUACGUUCUGGGCGCCCGACGCCGCGGACUGCAUAUACAGCGUCGCCCCGACCUUCGCCGAUGGACUGUCGUCGUUUCUGAGCGACGCGUUCAACGAGACUUGCACCUUUAGCGCGUUCCAGGACGGGAACCUCUGGUGUAAGAACAACUUCUGGCUCUCUGAGCUAUGGUAUCAGGGCAACGCGACGGUUGAACUCGUUUCUGAGCAUUUCGCCGAUAUUGCUACAGCGGUGACGAAUCAGCUCCGGCGCGGCCUGGGGAGGCAGGAGGGCUCGAUGUCUGAGGUCGAGGGCCAGGCGCUUCAGUAUGUUGUGUUUAUGGUCAUUGAUAAGGGGUGGCUCGCCUUUCCGGCUGUGCUUCUUGGGCUGGAGGCGGUAUUGCUGGGUUUGAUGAUCGCGAGGAGUUGGCGGUCGAGAGACGAGGAAGCUGUUUGGAAAAGCAGUAUUCUGCCUUUGAUUUUUUAUAGGAACCAGUUUGCAGGGUCUGGGCAGGUUGUUGCUUCUGGGGAGAGGUUGAUGACAGUGAAGGAGAUGGAGACUGAUGCGCGGAAUAUUCGUGUUAAGUUUUCUCGCGUCCGGGCGGGGGAUGAGAUGAGUCUGCACCGUAUUGCGAAAUAG